AUGUCAGAAUUUCGACAACGUAACAUUCAAAAAUUAUAUGAAUCAAUAGACAAUAAUUUAAAUAAUAAUGAUUCAAAUAAUAUUAAUAACAGUAAUAACAAUGUUGAAAUUGAUGAUAACAACAGUAAUAGAAAAUCAUUGAUAUUCAAAAAUUUUGAUGAGAAGGAUGAAGAUAAAAAGAAAAAUAUAAUAUUAUUAUUUCUUUUUCUUUUAAUUUUUAGAAUAAUAAAUGCUUUAACUAUUAAAACAUAUUUUAAUCCUGAUGACAGUUUUGUUCAUCAACGUGGUGUUGUAGAUGUUAUGAAUUAUUUUAGAUAUGAAUUAAAAUAUCAACAUCAGCAACAAAUGUUAAUAGAAGGAGGAGGGUUGGAAGGAUCAGAGAUUGGGAAGAAUAGUAGUGAUGUUGUUGCUAUUGAAGAUAUUGGAUUCCUAAUGCCAUGUCAUUCAACACCAUAUUAUAGUAACUUAAAUUAUAAUGUAACUAUGUGGUUUAUAACUUGUGAGCCACCCAUAAAUAGCGAAUCAGCCCAAGAAAAUUAUUUAGAUGAAUCCGAUUUUUUUUACAAUAAUCCGGUUAAAUUCAUUUAUAAAUAUUUCAAACCAACACCAAAAAUUCUUCUUAGUAAUAAUAGUUAUUAUGAUGAUGGUGAUAGUUUUUCAGAUUUAUCAUCACCAUCGCCAUCGUUUUAUAAAGAAUGGCCAAGUCAUUUAGUAUGUGCAAGAUUUUUUAAUUCUCAUUUUCAUGAUGAUCAUAGAAGAAAAGGUGAUGUUAUUGUUUUUUGCAAAAGUAAAGCGAGUAAAGUAGAAGAAAACAUUUAA